AUGUCGUCGCUCGAUCUUCCCUCCGACGCCUCUCCCUCGCCUUCCUCCCUCCAACGGGUCUGUCCCUACCGAACACCUCGUUUUCACGACCACGAGUGCGAGAAUUACCUGGACUGCCCGACCCACUCAAUAGCGAGGGUGUACCACGAGCUGCCUUCUGAUGGGGACCCGUCUCCUGAGGGGUUCGAGUACGAGGGGGCCAGCAGGGAAGAGGAUGCUCAAGAUGACGAGGAGAAUAUCUUCGCGGACCUGUACGGAAACUCGGAGGAGGAGGACAUGGCCAGCGGUGGCCAGCAGGCGCAGAGCCCGGAGGUCAUUGAUCUGACGAGCUCGCCGCCUGCAGAACAGCAACAUUCGAGCAGCCCAGACGUGGUCGAUCUGACUGGCGAUUCCCAUGAAGAACCACAAGGACUGCCGCCGCCGCCGCGGCCGCGACAGCAGCAGCAGCAGCAGCAGCAGCAACCGUAUCCUCCCUUCUCAUUUACUGCCGGCGCAAUUGGGCCCCAGGGCAGGAUGGGGCCGCAGCUGAGCAGACCAUUUCCUACUCCUGCUACUCCGGGUGUUGGUGGUGCUGCUGCUGCUCCUACUGCUAUCGCCGGCGCCUCAGCCCCGAGUCUGCCGUCGUUGAGGGAUGGUGCUGUGUCCCCUUCGGCGCAGAGACGGCCCGCUACACCGCCAUCGCCACCUCCACCCACCCGGCGCCGGACAUCUUCGAAUCAGUUUGGAGCAGCGCCUCCUCCAAGCAGGCACCUGCAGCAGCAGCAACAGCAACAACAUCUGCUGCAGCCGCACAGACCUUCAGUAUCCAGGAGACCUUCAGACAUCGUCCUACCACGGUGGCAACCCGAUGUCGAGGUCACAUUCUGCCCAAUUUGCCGGACACAAUUUAGCUUUCUGGUCAGAAAACAUCACUGCAGGAAGUGCGGAAGGGUUGUUUGUAGCAGCUGCUCGCCUCACCGCAUUACUAUCCCCUAUCAGUACAUAGUUGUACCUCCCGGAGCACCGCGCCCUGGUCUCCAGAGGUAUCCAUCUUCCCUGAUUAGUGGUGAGGGCGGAUAUGCCGACUUCAGCAGCCUCGGGGGCGGAGAGAGGGUCAGAUUGUGCAAUCCAUGUGUGCCAGACCCCAACACGAACCCUCCACAGUCGCAGCAGUCACCUGGCAUGGGCAGAACCCAUGGCAGGUCACAGAGCACCGUCGAUGUAUCCGCAUCGGCAUACGGCCCGACUGCGGACACAGCUAUCAACGCUUAUGUUAGAAAUAGAAGCGCCACUAUGGUAAGCCCCGUGAUGCCACCCACUUACAGCCCAUAUGCCUCGAUAUCAGGAGGCCCGCACCAUCCUCAAAGGGCACACAGGCUCCGAUCGUCGCUAAGAGCGAGUGGCCAAGAAUCCGGUUCACCAUCAUCCUCCACGGCGGCGGCUGCCGCGGCCGCGGCGCAGAGGAGACCGCUACCACCAGAUCCGCCUCAGCUCGCAGAGGAAGAUGAGUGCCCAGUGUGUCACCGUGAGCUGCCGCCCCGAAACCUGUCGAACUUUGAGGCUCUCAGGGAGGCACACAUCAGCGUCUGCAUCACGUCACACAGCACCUACGGAGGAACACCUGGGGCGGAGGGCUCCAGCUCGCAGCCCAGGCGGACGGGCAUGUUCCCAUAUCUGGCGACGGAGAAGGACUGCGUCGACAGCGCAGAGUGCACCAUCUGUCUAGAGGAGUUUGAAGUCGGGGUCGCGAUGGCACGGCUGGAGUGUCUCUGCCGUUUUCACAGGGACUGCAUCGCGAGAUGGUUUGCCAAGAACCCUGGACGAUGCCCUGUGCAUUCGCAUGACGGCCAUGGGUUCUGA